GGGUGGAGAGCGUCGGCCCCGGGCUUCCUGCGUCAAACUCUCUUGCAACACCAUCCGUCCGCCCAUUGACUGUGUUUGCUGCUGCCUGGCUUGUCUUGGUCGAGGCAAUUCGCGGCGCCUGCUCCUUUGCUCCUGCCGUUCCUGCCCCUGCCCAAGUGCUGCUGCCUUGGCCUGCCGCGCGUUGCGUGCCACGACACAACACCCCAACACACGACAAAACAACACCAUGCCGUACGCGGACGACCUCUACUCGGGCCGCGACGGCCCAGACAGCGGCGACGACGGCGACGACCAGCACCUCUCGCCCUCGGACGGCUACUUUGCCGCGUCGUCGUCGGGCAGCCACGUCCCCCAGGUCAUGGUCCAGGACCCGGACGUCGCCCGCCGCCACGCUGACGACGCCGCCGCAAAAGCCCGCGAAGCUGCCGCCCACCACCCGCCGCCCCCGUCGUCCACCUCGACGAUACCUCGCUCCACCCUCAUCCACGCACGCCCGCCCUCGGUAUAUUCAGAUGCCCCUCCGGCCUACAGCCCCUCCGCCUCAACCCCCCUCUCCCCUACCACAAACCGCCAGGACAACGACGACAGCGACGACGCCGCCAGCCGCCACAGCAUCCCCGCCAACUACAACACUUUUGGCCCUCCCUCCACCACCAUGGGCUCUCCAAGGCACGCCGAGUACGAUCCCCUGCUCGGCCGCAAUCCCCAGAGCAUGAGCGGCCGCCCGGCUGACGAGGAGGCCGGCACCUCGCCACCCUGGAAGCACAACUAUCGUAGCAUCCGCUCCCGCUUGCCAGCCUGGCUCAACUGGAAGGUUGUCCUUGGCGGCAUCAUCCUCCUCGCUAUCGCCCUGGCAUUUAUAGCCACCCCCUUUUCCGGUGCCCAGGACAAGGAGAGCACGCUCAAGCCAGCUAAACCCAUCGACUCAACGCCCGGAGAGCCUGGAGAAGGCCCGUCCGCUCCGGGCAACGCUCCGAUCUUCUCACCAAGCUAUUGCAGAGACGCCAAAUUCCGCUUCGAUGACCUACUGCUGCCCCUGGAUGCCCACAGCGCCAAGGACAUCACCUUCAUCGAGGAUCUCUACGAUGGCGAAGGCAGAUCUUCUGUAUCAGUGUCCGGCUCAGUCACGAUCCGCCAGGCCAAGGACGGCCAGAAGCCGGAGAUGCGGAUGCAGAUGGUGACCGAUUAUGAGGACUUGCGCCUCAAGGUGGUCCUCGACAACUCAGCACAGCUCAUGAAGAUCAGCGUGCCGCGCAGGACUGACAGCGACUUCCCCCCCAGGCUGCCUUGCCUCGAGAUCCGAACCACCAUCUGGCUCCCGGCCGACGCCAAGGUCGGCAAGCUCAAUGUCGAUGUCAUCAGUCUUGGCAUCUACACGCUCGACGAUCUCUCGCUGGAGCUCACCAACAUGCUGACGCUGUCCAGCAUCAGUGGUGACAUAGGCUCUGGCAUGUCGAGUAUCGAUCAGAGCUUGACGAUGCCUUCAAGUUAUGCCACCCCACCCAACGCUUACAAGCUCAACUCGCGAGUCGUCAAGGUUGGCACGACGAGCGGCAAAAUAGGCGGCCACUACCCUCUCUACGACAUCCUUGACCUGCACACCACUUCUGGCAAUAUCGACGUGAGCAUCACACCCCAUGAGAUCCUCUCCUCGGCGCCCGAGUCCGCCGCCUUGACCAUCCACACAACCUCGGGCAGCAUCCACGCCGCGAUGCCUAUCCGCUCCACCAGCAACGUUCCAGACCGCGAUUACGUGACCAGCAUCAAGGGAGUUUCAGGCACCUUGCACCUCGACUUGAUCCAGGGCUCGAAGACUGUCAUCAAAACCACGUCUGGCGGCGUCGAUCUCAUCCUGCUGCCCGUAAUCGAUCUUGGCAGCCACUCCCCUUCGAGCCCGGCCACUCUUGAAACAUCGACGACCAGCAGCCACCUGAACGUCGAAAUCCUGGAUCCAAUCUGGUUCGGCAGCGCCAAUACGAUCCCUACAAGGGAGAUCAAGCCGACUCCUUACGAGCCUGUCGGCGAUGGCAGCCCUCUCAAUUCGCUCCUCCCUCCUUCUGUUGGCGGAGACCUUGUGACCGCCAUAGCGGGCAGCAGCACCGCCGCCAGGAAAAGCGGGAACUCCCAAAGCUUGAACCUCCUCAAAGCUACCCACAAGACAACCAGCGGAAGCAUUGUGCUGCAUUACCCGGAGGCCUGGCAGGGCGACUUGCACGCCGCCACGACGAGUGGGAGCAUCAAAAUCACCGGUAGGGACGUGCACAAGAUUAGCGGCCACGACGGCUGGGUUGGCCACGACAUUACCGUGCGGAAGGGGUCGAGUGGCAAUGCGAGCAAGACUGAGGUGAGCACUUUGUCCGGGAGCGUGCAGGCAUACCUUGGAUUGGCUUAGUGCUGCCCCUGGCGACGAUUGGAGCAGGAGAGCCCCUUGAGGAAGCAUGAUUGAGGAGAUUUAAGGGUCAAAUCAUGGAGACCUAUGAGCCGCAAAGAAAAAAGCGAAAGCGGGUAUGGGCAUGUCCCUCUGACACAGGUUGCAUCCUGGGCCAAGGUUUCAGGACAAAGGGAAGAUUUUUUUACGAUCAAGGAGUCUUUGGAGAUUUCGAGUUCAGAGCACACGCACACACAUACGAAUAAUGUAGUACUACUGGGCUUUUUCUCUGUUCGGCCCAUUUCUUAUAGCGUUAUACCGAUAUCACUCGCUUUUUAUAUGCAUACAAUGAUGUGCAAAUUUCCCG